AUAUCUUUUGACCUAUUUGUAAAAAUGUCUGUAAAGAAUAUAUUGUAUAUAAUUUCGUUGUGUUUAUGUAUAAAUCAUGGUUUUGGUAUGGAAAAAGAUAUGACUGUAAAUAUAGAUCCUGGGAAACAGGAUUGUUUUUAUCAGUGGGUAAAAGCUGGCCAGGUUAUCGAUUUCGAAUACCAAGUAAUAGACGGUAGUCACGGUGAUUUAGACAUAAGUUUCCAACUGAUGGAUCCCAAUGGACAAAUUAUAUUUGCCGACUUCAAAAAAUCUGAUAAUGUUCAUAGACUGGAAGCAAAAAUGGAUGGAGAUUAUAGAUUUUGUUUUGAUAACACUUUUAGCAGUUUCAAUUCCAAAACUGUAUUCUUUGAAUUGUUAUUGGAAAAUGAAGGAGAUGAUGAUGAUAAGUGGGAUGAUAAUGUGGAACUAGAAGGUUUGACUCCAGAAGAGUUUUACGAUAUGAAAAUCCAAGAUAUCCAUGAUUCUAUUGCUCGAGUGCGCUCCCAUAUUAGCAAAGUGAGACACUUACAAGAAUUGUUUAGAACAUACGAAGCCCGUGAUAGGAAUGUUGCAGAAGAAAACAAUUUUAAAGUGAACUCCUGGUCUAUGUUCCAAAUAUUUGCUAUGAUAUGUGUUGGUGUUUUACAAGUUGUAAUGGUCCGGAGUCUCUUUGAUACUGAAUCUAAAGUGAAUAAAAUAUGGACAAAAGUGGAUAAAAAAUUUAGUAAUUAAUUUAGGACUUGUGGGAGUUAAUUCAAAAGUGUCAUAAUAGAUUCU